AUGUCUACUCAUGGAUUGAGCCGAUUCGUCGGUAUGUUCGAGCCACAUCCGGAAGACAGAUUACAUUUGCGCUUACAUAGAGCGAGAUCCGUUAUUUUAACGGCGCAAGAGCUUGUGGAAAUUCGAGCCGCACAAAGAACCUUUGAGGGAGCAUAUAUAAGGACUGCUUUGGGACAAUUUAGUUUCGCUUUGGUAGUAUUAAAGAUCUUUACGGCCGAAUUCUACAGUAUUGGGGCCUUAUUUGCGACAUACGGAGCCGGCAUUCUAAUGGUCAGCCUGUAUAGGAGGUAUGAGGGCAACAGACAAUUCUUCAGCGAGAUAGAUGGGGAUGGCAUGGGAAGGAAGAAAUUUAGGACCAGUGGGAAUGCCGUGGUUGUUUUGACGACGCUGAGUCUUGUGGCUUAUGUUUUACUGAUUGGGUUGACCAUAAGGCUCGAGACCUGAAAUCCAUGAUCGAGCUGACUACAUGUGCGGCAUAAUUAAUGGAACAUAUAUUUCACGCGGCACAGGGGCCAUUUUGGGGUCUAGAGACGAGAUGAUCGAUCUUAUGGCUCUGAUCGGUUGAUACAGGCAAAGUCGAGGGAAGCAAAAGAGCCAUCGAAAUUCGGCAUUG